AUGAGGGAUCCAAGCUCUUCUGAUCUUCUCUCCACAAUUUUGGAAAUCAACAAAAUUGUUUUCACGGGUAAAUUUGAAAGUGUUGGAACUAAGUGCUCCAAAGUCUUUAUGGAAGUGGAUGAAAAGUGUUGGCCACAAAUGUUUCCGUUGAAUCCAUUAUUUCCUCCUAUUCUCAAAGAUGAUUUGCUCUCGCAUCAACAUAGCUCCUCCCACACGCAAGUAGUGAAGUGGCUAUAUGUG